CCGCAGUCGGUCAUCGGUGGCGUCGGUGCCUAGCUGUGCCUAGCGUUCCCGGCUCCCGGCAAUAUUUGUCGCUCAUUAUUGGUAUUUACCAUCAAUUUUCACGACCAUUCUCGACAGGAUAGAGAUCCGGAGAAGACAAUUGAGUUUCGAAGAAAAAUAAGGACGCGACGAGGAACGUCCACGACUCGUCUGACUAUGUUUCGGCGUGCGUUUACAUCGACCUCGCGCAGUGUAUCGCUGCUAUCUCGGCUGUGGAAUGGAUCUAAUGGUGUACUUGCGGGUAAGCAUGCCGAAGAGAAAAUGAUAUCCAUCCUGAGGAACAGGUUUCCGCAAGCUCAGUUGAUUGAAGUCACCGAUGUAUCAGGAGGAUGCGGUGCUAUGUUUGACAUAAAUGUUGUUGCUUUGGAAUUCAAAGGACUAAAUACUGUAAAGCAACAUCAAAUUAUUAAUGAGGUUCUUAAGGAAGAAAUCAAAGAUAUGCAUGGCCUCCGAAUACAUACGAGUAUCCCACCAGUAUAAAUUUUAUUUUUGGACUUUUAAAUUAAUUUUACAGAAAUAAUUAAUAUCGAUUUUAAUGAAUCUAAUAAUGGACGUCUUAGUAUCUCUUUCCAGAGUUUUUAAAAGUAUAUUCAAGAUCAAGAAUUUUUUAAUUUCGGAUGAUAUUAAAAAUAAUUUUAGAUUU